AUGGGAAGGAAAUCCACCUCACUCGGUCUGGUUACUGUGGGUGAUGGUCGACCGUAUUUGGAUGCUGGACUAAAAUUUUGUGUGAUGGAUGAAGAGCAGUUUGAAUCAGUGAUAUGGGACACGGUGGAUGUGAUUUUGGUGUCAAACAUUCGCAGCAUUCUGGGACUGCCUUUCAUCUGCGCACAGACCAGUUUUUGCGGUCGUAUUUUAGCCACGGAACCGGUUGUCAAAUUUGGCAAAAUCCUGCUGGAAGAUUUAACAGAAGCCCUCGAACAAGUAUCCUCUGUGAAACCGGAUAUUUUUCAGCUAAAUACGACUGCCAAGUGA